ACGCGCCGGCAUUUUACUUUAAACCCGGGUUGCCAAGGCGAGAAAAUCGUAUACUACCACUUCGCUAACAAGAUUGGGGGACAAUAUUUGCUCACUUACAAAUGCAUUUGUAAUGGUGGUUGGACACAGAAUUCAUUAGAUGUCCACUCGCCCUGCGAAACGGACAUCAACGAAUGUUUGAACUCCACAACAUGUGUUGACCGCGGAAACUGUGUAAACGAACCUGGCAGUUUCAGAUGUGAAUGUUUGUCUGGUUGGUACGGGAACAAGUGCGAAUAUGGAGUCUGGAACUGCACAUUUGACAACGACAAUUUAUGCAACUGGACAAAUGUGAACGGGGGCGACGACACUUUGAAUUGGAACCUGAUACAUUCGACAACUCCAACAGAUGAUACUGGACCUUCAAACGACCACACGACUGGAAAUAUUGAUGGGGCUUACAUAUUUAUGGAAUCAAGCGCACCUACUGUGCACGGUGACAAUGCGAUGCUACGAAGCCCUGAAAUCAACACUACGGGGUCAAGUGGUAUCUGUCUAAACUUCUGGUACAGCAUGAACGGCGAUUCUAUCGGAAGUCUCAAAGUUUACAUCGAGGAGGCAGGGACCAGACGUUUGAUAUGGUCUCUUUCUGGACACCAGGGAACGGAAUGGAGAAACGCGAGUGUUCCGCUACAUUCCAAUCAGAACGUCCACAUGAUCCUAGAGGCAACUGUGGGAGACGGAUAUCUUGGCGAUAUUGCACUGGAUGACAUUUCAAUGACACGUGGUCCAUGCACACUAGAGCCAUCGAAUGCAAGGCCGAUAUCUCCGAACAUCGUGGGAUAAGUGAGGAUGCAUCAUUUGACCUUGUUUGGAUUGAUUUCUCUGUUAUAAAUUAAACAAUAUGCUGCAUGAAAUAAGUGAUUUAUCGGUACCUUGAAUAUUGGUCUUUACACCUUACGAUAAACCCAUCAAAAGCUUAAAUACCAAAAAUGCUGACCCAUGAUAUGAACCAAUGGAAGAUGUAUUGGCAUAAU